AUGACUCGGUACGGGGGCCUGGGCCGGACGCGCCCGAAAAAACUCACCUCAAAGGCGUCCAUCCCCAUUAUCCAAGAGCAUGAGAUUGAUGUACUAGAUGAUGAGCUCCAAACCACCUUACAACAAAUUGAAACAGGUGUCGAAAAAGCCGAAGAAUCAGAAUUUCACUUGCAAGUUGCAAUCAAUGCCACUGCACAGGGUAAAGGUAAUGCGGCGCAAAUUCCGACACCCGAAACCAUCCUCAGCACCCUCCAAUAUGACGAGCUCUUCCCACCUUACUUCUCCCAGCCGGCCACCUUCAUUAGGUUCUCCUCCACGGUGGAGGAUUGCUGCAGAUGUCCGUACAACAUGAACGAGGACGAUGAUGUCUUCCUCAAGAUCUACAAUCAAAAGCGUGACGCAUCAAGCCAAUGCUCCGAAGAUGAUUUCGAGGCGACGAUGAACUUCUUCGAGGAGACGGCGCAAGCCAAGCAGCCAUACGCAGCAGUCGAUAGUCCCCCCGUUCUGCCAUUCUCAGAGAUGCAAGAAGCAAUGGAUGCCGCCGUAGAGGAUUGUGUAAAGCGCUAUGCCAAAGACUUCUAUGAACACUGGAAGUCGCGUCGUUCAGUUGAAGGUAACCAGAAUCAGACACUGGAGCCAAGUCUCAAGUUUGAAACUGGCCAAGACACCGAUGAUAGUGACCCAUAUGUCUGUUUCCGCCGACGUGAAGUGCGACAGAUUCGUAAGACUCGUGGCCGAGAUGCCCAGAGUGCUGAGAAGCUUCGGCGGCUCAGGAAAGAACUCGAGGAUGCAAGACAGAUGGUUGCACUGGUGCGUCAACGUGAGGUUGCUCGCAAGGAGAUGCUUUCGACGGAUCGCCUGCUAUUCUUGCAACGCGCCGAGGUGAGGGACAUGAAGCGCAAGCUCAACAUCAAAGACGAUGAUGAAGAUCUCAUCAACCAAAAGCCCAAGAAGAAGUUGGAUAUGCCAUCUGGACGACCAAAUGCGCCUCAACUUCGCAUGCCCAUGAAGCCUGGUUUGCAGGGUGCAGAAGACUUGCAGUCUUUAGAGGAUAUGCAAGCCGAGAAGGAAAACGAGAUUCUUCGCGAUAUCAAGGCGAACAUCACCAAGCAUAUCAAGUGGAACGAGGGUUAUGUGGAUCAUACCCGCGCACCACUUUCUCCAUCACCGGAGAGGACUUUCGAUGCGGCAGCAUUCAGGCCUGCAUUCACGGCGCAGUUGCCAACGCCACCAUCAUCGGAAUCUUCUGCGGAUGCGAUGGACACCUCAGUAGAUGUCACUAAUCCCCUCUUCUCUCGAGAGAAACUUGCAUCUCGUGCCAUGGAAUUGCAUGGGGAGCCUCAUCGUAUGCCGUCGUUCCGAAGAAGAAUGGGACGAGGUGGUAGACUGAUGAUUGAUCGACGAAACUUUGCCCGCUUCAACGUCGAGAUGGAUCCUCUAAAAGUAGAUCGUUUCAAGUAUGACCAAGAAGACUCAGAUGAGGAGCCUGUGUAUGACACAGAUGCAUAUAGCAUCCAAAUCAUGCAACACCGCGCAAUCGCCAUGGUCAAGGCGCGCGAACAGGCCGCUGCUGCUCAAGCUCAUGCGCAGGCGCAAGCUCAAGCAGCCCAAGUACGGCGUAUGCAGGGAGAGCAACCCGGGAACAUUGGAAACCCACAUCCCGGUGUAGUCGCUUCGGGCGAGGCCUGA